AUGAAUAAUCAUUCACCUUCUAGACUUGAAUAAAACAAAUCGACUUAAGAAUCCAGACUAAAUACCUUAAGAAAAUAUUAUGAGCUUUCUUUAGAAUAAAGAAAAGAUCUCGAAUAUUUUACUCUUAUCAAAAAGUUCAUAAAUAAUUAAGAGGAAUAUCAUGAUACUGACUCUUCUAAUGCUUUUAGCUUAUCUGAGACUUCAAAUACUGUGUAUAUUGAAGGAAGUGAAUAACAAUAGAUAUGCAUACGGAUGUUUGAUAUAAUAAGAUAAAUGAAAAGAGCAGUAAAAUAGUCUUAAAAAUUAUGUUCAAACAAGAUCAAAAAAUUGAAUAAGAUUGUUGAAAAGAGACAUAAAGAGAUCAAUACAAUCAAGAUUAGCCUUGGUAUGUUAUGA